CGUGUCACACUAACAUCCCAUGGUACUUGGCAUGAGGUCAGUGUCGACGGCCACAAGAAGCUCAGUGACAAGGCGUUGCAAAUGGGCAUUGUUGGAUUCCACAUCUACGGCGGCCGAGAUAAGUGGUCCGGCAAGGUCCUACUGCUUCUCGUGCUUCCAAACUCGCGGUUUGCAGAGGCAAUUGGCCAUGUCUAUCUCGACUUUGUCAUAGAGCAUGAAAUGAUACCCAUCCAGGUGACCUUUGACGGUGGCAGCGAGACUGCAGAUAUGAAGGCGAUCCAGACAGCGUUACGGAAUACCUUUGCACCGGACCUUGACCCUAGCGAGUGGCCUCCAUUCAUGCCAAUUCCGAGUACCCGUAACAUCACCAUUGAGAACCUGUGGUCCCGCUGGUUCACUCACUCGGGCGCAAACCUCCAGAAGGUCUUGAUGGAAGGCAAGACUAAUGGCCUGUUCAAUCCUGGUGACAAUGUUGAUAUCAACUUGUUCCAGUGGCUUUGGUCCCAGGUCACACAGCAACAACUCGACGCUUUCAAGGCAUACUAG